GUUAGUGGGUAAGAUGCAACAGACGGAAGUAGCCGCGAGAGGUCCCAAACAGUGGCAGCUGACUGCUCGCGCUCUGUGACGCAAACACGUCACUGAUGGCGGACCGCACACUCGCCCAUAAACACACACUCGCCAAGGGACGGAGGAAAGUCACUGAGAAGCACUCUCGCAAGCCGCUUGGCCGAACUCCUUCCCUAACUGCACGCGAUCCUUCCCGGGUGAGAUCGGUAGCAGUCGUAUAGUAGUUUCGUAGCAUGUGGGACGGGACGGGACCGGCUCGGUGAUCAGAAGUGGAGUGAAGCGGGCCGCCUCGGGCUGACGUGCCUGCCGCAUGUUGAGCCAGCAAGUUGACGCAUAUUAAAGUGGCGACGAGGCGGAGGAGAAGAAGAGUCGGAAUCGGAUUUAAUAUCACUUCGUGGAAUCUUCGUUCCUGUAACUAUGAAAUUCGCCGAGCACCUUUCGUCCCACAUCACUCCAGAGUGGAGAAAACAGUACCUUCAAUAUGAGGCAUUCAAGGAUAUGCUGUAUGCAGCCCAGGACCAAGCCCCCUCCACAGAAGUCACAGAUGAGGACACCGUGAAGAGAUACUAUGCGAAAUUUGAAGAGAGGUUUUUCCAGACUUGUGAGAAGGAGCUGUUGAAAAUCAACACUUUUUAUUCAGAAAAGCUUGCGGAAGCCCAGAGACGCUUUGCCACCUUGCAGAAUGAGCUACAAUCUUCUCUGGAUGCCCAGCGCGAAAGCAACGCUCCGCCCGGGCUGCGCAGACGAAAGACCGUGUUCCACCUGUCGCAGGAAGAGCGCUGCAAGCACCACAACAUCAAGGAUCUGAAGCUUGCCUUUAGUGAGUUCUACCUGAGCCUCAUCCUGCUGCAGAACUACCAGAAUUUGAAUUUCACCGGUUUCCGUAAGAUCCUGAAGAAACAUGACAAGAUUCUGGAUACGUGCCGCGGGGCCGACUGGCGUGUGGCUCACGUGGAAGUGGCGCCCUUCUACACUUGCAAGAAGAUCACGCAACUCAUCACGGAGACCGAGACGUUGGUGACCACAGAGCUGGAGGGAGGAGAUCGUCAGCGGGCGAUGAAAAGGUUACGCGUUCCUCCGCUGGGGGCCGCUCAGCCUGCUUUGGCCUGGACGACCUUUCGUGUGGGUCUUUUCUGUGGCAUCUUCAUCAUCCUCGCCAUCGCCUUUGUCCUAACAGGCGCAGUGUUCAUCAGCUAUGAGAACGUAUGGCCUCUGGUGCGGAUCUACCGGGGCGGGUUUCUUUUGAUCCAGUUCCUGUUCCUGCUGGGCAUUAACACCUACGGUUGGAGACAGGCGGGAGUCAACCACGUGCUCAUCUUUGAGAUCAAUCCUCGCAACAACCUCUCACACCAGCACCUCUUUGAGAUCGCUGGGUUCCUCGGCGUGUUAUGGUGUCUCAGCAUCCUGUCGUGUCUGUACUCAGAGUACCUCUACUUCUCCAUGCAAAUCAACCCUCUGGUCCUCUACGGCUUCAUGCUGCUCUUCCUCAUCAACCCCUUCAAGACAUGCUACUACAAGUCGCGCUUCUGGCUGCUCAAGCUGUUGUUCCGAGUGUUUACGGCACCGUUUCACCGAGUGGAGUUUGCCGACUUCUGGCUGGCCGAUCAGCUCAACUCGCUGGUGGUGGUCUUGAUGGACCUGGAGUAUCUCAUCUGCUUCUACAUCUUUGAGCUGCAGUGGGGCAACAGCAAGGGCCUGUUGCCCAAAAUAAACGACUUGAGUAGCUACGUGUGCCACAGCUACUCGUACGGCCUGCGCGCCAUCAUCCAGUGUCUGCCCGCCUGGCUGCGUUUCAUCCAAUGCCUCAGGCGUUAUCGAGACACUAAGAGGGCCUUCCCCCACCUGGUGAAUGCUGGCAAAUAUUCCACCACCUUCUUUGUGGUCACAUUCGCCGCACUCUAUGCCACACACAGAGAACAAGGCCACACAGACGCUGACAUGUUCUUCUACCUGCUGAUUGUCUUCUCCACCAUAAGCUCUUUCUACACGCUGAUCUGGGAUCUGCGCAUGGACUGGGGACUGUUUGACCGCGGGGCUGGAGAAAACACCUUCCUCAGAGAAGAGAUUGUUUACCCGCACAAGGCCUACUACUACUGUGCCAUUUUAGAAGAUGUAAUUCUGCGUUUUGCCUGGACCAUCUCGCUCUGUCUGACCACCAUGACCAAGAUUCACUCGGUGGGCGACAUUGUGGCCACCGUGCUGGCACCUCUCGAGGUCUUCAGGCGUUUCGUGUGGAAUUUCUUCCGUCUGGAGAACGAGCACCUUAACAACUGCGGCGAGUUCCGCGCGGUGCGAGAUAUUUCAGUGGCGCCGCUCAACGCUGAUGACCAGACGCUGCUGGAGCAGAUGAUGGACCAGGAGGACGGGGUCCGGAACCGCUCGGGCAAGAAGACCUGGAAGAGGUCCUACAGCCUCACAUUGCGGCGCCCUCUACUGUCCUCUCAAUCCAAAAAGGACACCAAGGUCCUAAUUGAAGAUACGGAUGAUGAGGCCUUCAGCUAAAUCACCAGCAAGCAUCAGCAUUGUUCACACACAACCACAAACACACACGCACAAAGGAUGGAUAUUCUUCACCUUUUAACCUUUCCUCUAAAACUUAAAAAAAAAUCUGACAAUUUUUUUUAAUGUUAAUGGGCAAUGAAAAGCAUGGAUCUCCAUCUUUACUGAGAUUGAUCCUUUUUUAUCCAAAACACAAAAACACGUUUCCCCCAGUUUUGUGCAUUUUUUUUAAUCUAAACAAAACCCCAAAGCAAUGAGAAGAAUGUAUUUCCAAAUGUUGUUGGUAGUUUUUUUUUAAUUAUUUUACUUAAAAAACAAAAAAAAGGCUGUAAAUAAUGCCUUUCAGUUUUUUGUGAUUUUCCUCCCAAGACUGGUAAUUGAAAGCAUGUCCAACUUUUUUUCCAAACUUUUAAAAAGUGGAACCAAUAGGAAUAUUUCAAAAUGUAGGUUUUCUUUUUAUAAAAAAAUAAAUAAAAAUAAAAAUAAGAAGAAAAUGCAUGUUUUUCCAACUUUGAUGGAUUUUUGUUUUAACAAAAAAAUAAGAAGUGUAUAUUUUCAAAGCUGUGGAUUUAAUUGUCAUCUUAAAACUUUCAAGAAUGUAUAAUAUGUCCACGUUCUGUGGGUUUUCUUUGUCGUCUUAAAAACUUAAAUAUUGAGGAGAAUGUGUCUUUGAAUGUGGUAGAUAUUUUUUAUCUUACAAACAAAACAAAAAAUGAAAAGCAUGCAUCGCUAAAUGUCCAUUUGUUUUUAAACAGACAUUGACCAGAAUGUACUUUCACAUUUGUGGAUUUUUUUUAUUUAAAAAGCAAAAAUACUGACAAGAAUGUAUUCUGACUUUUUUUUAAAAUUCCCUCUUCCAAAAAACAAAAACAAAAAAGACGAGAAAGCUUGUCUGUCCAAAACAUUAAAGUUUUUAAGUGAAAUAGAAUUCCCCCAAAGCAAUGCCUUUUAUUUUGCUUUUAUGUCACAAAACUUGAAUGGAAAUGUUUUUUGUGGCUUUAGUUUUUUCUGAUAAAAAGAACAAUCUCAUACAUAAAAAUGGACAUGUUUGAUUUUCAUUGCUCAGUGACAAAACUCAUGUACAGACACUCUCUCACACACACACACACACACAUACACACACCAUAAUGUUGCGACACAACCUGAUGAAGCACAAACAUAGUUUUAUACUUGAUUUACAAAACAACAUCGAACCCACCAAACUGCCAUGCUUUAUCCUUUUUUUCCUUCCUUCUCUCUCUCCUUUCAUUUUGCCAUGCACAAAAAACAAGUAUGUCCAACUUUUGUGAGCUUUUAUUUUCCUCCAAAAACACCAUUUUUUUUCUGUGUUUUGGAUGAAAAUAAAAAAAAAACAUUGGAGAUACAUGUUUUUGUUGUUGUUGUUGUUGUUGUUGUUGUUGCACGGAUGACGUUGCGCUUGAUUUUUGAUCAAGCUUACAUCGACGACUGUUUACAUGCCUUUUUUUGGACUACUUACAGGAUCAACAGGGACAAAACAAUCAAAAGACUCCAUUAAAAAAAAAAAAAGAAUUCAGUAGGAAUCCAAGGAAGGACUCUUAACACGCAGCAUAUCAGAACAAAUCAACUGCUUUGACCUCGAUGAUGAUUAUUUUAUACUCUAUACUUUUUUUUUUUGUCAUUUUGUUUUGAGCUGUGAGAAAAAAUUCAACAAGUGCUGUCGCAACGCUGGAGGCACUUGCAGGAAAAGUGCAUUUAAUACACAAACUGCUCGGACACAAAGAGGAAUGUUGCUUUGUCGGAUACUACUUUGAUGUGCGUUCUAUACUGUAUCGUCCUCGUCGAGAUUUGUGUGUUGUUUCUACUCGUGAAGUAAGUGAGCAUCCACUCAAUGAUGUUUUUUCUAAUCUUUGGAUUUUUUGGACACAACGUUUCUAGUCAGAUUUCUUGUUGGACUCCAAACCAAUCUGUGCAUACGGAAUGCUCUUUUGGAAUGCUGUUUAAGCAUUUAUUUAUUCCAUAUCCUCGGUAGCCAUCUGAAGGUCUCCGUGUACUACGCUAUUUGUCCUCAAUAGUAAACCAUUCAGCGCACUAGUAGAAUGACUCGGGCUAAUGAGUAAACGAUACUAGCGACCAUUUUCCCACGACUGUAUGACAUUUCUACACAGUAGGAGGACAAUGGUGGUACCAGUGGGGGCAAAACCGUGCACUGGUUGACGUCGACUAGUGGACCCCAAUAGGCCAGGAUGAGUGUGCAAUGUGCUGAUAUGUGGAAGUCACACCCUCUUUUUUUUUGUUUGUCCCUUCCCCCCUCUCGACACCCCAAUACACUGGACACCCGCUUCUCCCCAACUUGAUGUUUUUGGACAGAGUUGCCUUGGCUGCAUGCUGCUCUUAUUUCAACAAUGUACAUACAACUUAAUUUAUUGUUCCUGAUGUGCAUAUUUAUAAUAGCAGCCAUGAUUGAUGUUGCCAUUUUGGACAAGCAGUAUUUUGUAGCUUUGUUUGCGUGUGUUCUAAUCCUUUGUAUUUAAAACAAAUCUGAAUGUUUCAUUUUUUUUCUCCAAGUGUACAUUAGUGAUUGUGCAUGAAGCUAUUGUGGCUGUGACAUGAGUUGAAAGUAGAUGGGCACAAUUUGACCCACCGGAGUGAAGAGGAAAACAGCAGAAGAGCCCCCUGGCAGCCCUCCCAACAAGAUGUGUUGAUCGGACGCAAUGUUAUUUGCUUCACCCAUGACGUUCAAGUGCUUUGUAGUUGUGCAUCUUCCCUUGUUGUAGUUGUGUAGACUAGCUGAAUGUGAUGUUAAAUGGAUGUUCUUUGGUAAGAAACCUAGAUUGUGGAUAAAUGUGAUUCUAAAGAUGAAAAGAAAAAGAGAAUGUCUCCUUGUAGAUCAUCCUCUUUUCAAUUGAGUAGUUUGUACAUGUUGAGUGUAUAACACUGUUCUCUCGAUGACGUAUUUGUAGUUCUGUACACACUUUGGUGAUCCUGUCAUAUCUGGGUUUUAUAAACCAUUAUUUUCAAAGCUC